AUGCUAAAGAACCUUGGUGUACCCAUCCAGAAAUCUAAAGAUCAAACAAGAGAUUCUAAAGUUGAAGAAAAGAUUGAUGAUAAUGAGGAUACUCACAAGAAAUUGAAAGAUUAUUAUGAUAGCAUAGCUUAUAUGACAGCAGAUGAUUUGAUGAUUCAACAAAAUUUGGAUCAAGGUAAACAAUUCAAUUCUUUUGAUUCUGAACAUUAUCUUGAUAGGAAAACUUUAACCAAGAACAUACCUAAUGAAAUAGAUAUCUUUGAAACACCAUAUCCUGAGAUUGAAAAGAUUUAUAAAGAUUUGAAUAAACUUGAUACCGACAAAACCGUACAAUUAAAGUAUUAUAAAAGAUAUUUGGACAAUUAUAGUGAUCCAGUGAAUCUAUUAUUACAAGAAUUCAAUAGAAUAGAUGAAAAAUUCAAACUUUUAAGGAGAGAUGAAAUAGAUAAUCUUAAUUUAAACCCAAACUCGUACUUUUAUCAUGAAAAUUUAUUCAACUUAUCAUAUAAUGUUUUAGGUUUUGAUCGGUCAAUUAGUGGAUUCCCUUUGAGAAUGGGUAAACAUAAAUUAACUGAUGUAACAUAUCCUGUGGAAUUCAUUCAAGAUUUACAAAUGUGUCAAAAGAAAAUCAAACUUCAUAAGAAAGAUUUGGAUUUCGUGGAAUAUAAUGAAAAUUCCUUAUCGAUCAAUCCUAAUAAUUUGAAUAAUCCUCAAAUUUCCGAUAAUCAAGGAUCUAUGAAUAAAGUUAUUGAUAUGAUUUAUAAUGAACUUGAUGUACCGAAAAACUUCUUGAUAGUAGAUGACGUUCAUGAUUAUAAUUGUGUAAAGUUCAAAUUCUUGAACAAGUUUAAUUCAAUCUUGGAAACUGAGAUCAAUACUUUGAAAGCUUCUUUACAAAAAGAGAUCGAAUUCAUUUUAUCAUCAAACAACGAAUCUAAGAAUUUAUUAUUAUUCAAUCACCAAUCUUUCAAAACAAACCAAUAUAAAUUAUGUGAUUUUGUUAAAGAAAAUAAACCUAACAACGACCCAAUUGACGAAUUAUCAGGUAAACCCCAAGUGGUUCUUCUUAGUUAUAACAUUCAAGAAUUCAAUUUGAUUCCCUAUACAUAUUUAAUCAAUAGAACCAGAAGAUCAAGAAAAAGAUUAUUUAACCACAUUUUCAAACUAUUCUUGAUCAAUUUGAAAGAUCAAAUCGAAACUUUGUUAAGAAUCAAAUAUUCCAAGAAGAAAUCCACAUUCAUUAACAAUUUAAACUUGAAAAUAACGAAUAUUACUCAAUUCAAAUUGAUGAACUUCUUCUACUCAAUAAAUGAUUUGAAAUUGAUUAAACCUGGUCAUGCUAUUUAUUUGAAACCUUAUAAAUCAAGAAAUUAUAAGAGAUUAUACAAUUAUAAAUUAUUACCAGUUGAAAAAAGGUCAAUUAGACUUGAUUCUGUUGAGUUAGAUGAACUUUUAUAG